CACGUCAGUACGUCACUCAAGAAAUGUUCAAUGCAUGUUUAUUAUUUUUAUUGCAUUCUAAAUCUACUUGUUAAUAAUUUACCAUAAAAUUACUUUAGUUACCUGCCUUUUCAGCUACUAUACUAUUAUUUAUUAUAAUUAUUAAUAACUGUGGCUCUGUUUCGAAUGUUUAGCUGAAGUAAUGAGUGUGAACGAACACAUUAGCCUGAUUCCACUGAAAUUAUUGUAAUGAAGCUACGUAAAAAUACUAAAGCAGCAAGAUCUAUAGACAGUACAUAUAAAGAAUGGCCAAAAGAAAGUUAUUCCAAAGAACCGUCUGCAAUAUCGAUAAGAUUCAAGAAAUCCUCAAAGAUAAUUUUAAAAGAAAGGGUAAUCCCAAGGCCCGAAACACAGAAACUUCUACAACAAAUAUUACAAAGCGUUCAACAAAAACCAAAGUUCAAAAACAAGUUUUUCAGAAGCACGAAUGUAACCAAAAGCAUCAAAUACAAAACAUACAGAAAAGAUAGUCGAUUUGGCAACAGUAAAUCCACUUCAGUACAAGUGUGUUUUCUUGAUAAUUUAAAAAACAAUAAUUGUGAUUUUGUGUCAUGUCUCAGAGAUAUUUUGUUUGCGGACGAAACCGCAGCAUCUUCGGAUUUGGGCUUCAAAGAACCAAAAUUGCAUCACAAAAAACUCAGAAUUCAUAUAUCACAAUCCAGUCGACCAAAUUCAGCGAUGGAAGAUCAGGAGAGAAGGAAUUGCCAGGAACAACACGUGUCACAAAGACGAGGCAAAGAUAAAAUUCACCAACCUAGUGUUUCACCUUUAAAAGUUCCUCGCUCUACAGAAGAAAAUGUACCGGCUAAAUCUCAAAAGGAUAAAUGCAAUAUAAACAUGAAAUUCAAAAACAUGGUUUCUGGUUUAACUUCGUUUCUAGAACCGUUAAUUUUUGACCCAACACUGGAAUCCGAAGCUGUUUGCUUAGUAGAUAAACAAGAAGAACCAGAUCCGUCUCAGAUUAAAAGAAGAACAGAAAAGAAAACCAAGAAUAGAAGAAAAACUGCAUCAGCUACGACAAAAGAAGAUUAUCUUAAGCAAGAGAACAACAUUAAAAUUUACGACUCGAAAGAUGAUGAUGUCGAUAAUGUACAAUAUACUUCUUGUUUAAAGAGUUAUGGCAGUGGCGAAAAAACAGGUAUUAUGAAAAAGCCGACCAAAAAGCAGAAUGAUUUCAUAUUCCCAGAGGCAACAUCUUCUGUAAUGCGCGCUAAAAAACAAGAAAAGAACCCUUGUAGUCAAUAUCAAAAUCGUAAAGGUAAAGACAGCAAAGAAAAUAAUAUGAAAAACAAAAAGGGUAAAAAGCCAUCCUGUACAGAAGAAAAACCUAAGAAAGAGCCUAAGAAGGGAAAUAAAAAUAAGAAAAAAGGACCUCCAUGCCUGGAAGAGGAAGAAAUUAUAACAAGAGAAAAACCACCAUGUCAAGACUACGCCGAGGAAGAAGAUGAUCCACUUUGUCAAAUACCUGAGUGCAAGAGGGAGCUAAUCGAAAAACUAUUUGAAGAUUGCUAUGAAAAAACAGAGGGACAAUGUGGAUUAAAACCAUGCUGUACCAUACCACCUUGCAAGCGAGAACAAGUUAGAAAGCUGCUUAGUCCAAUGUGUACGAGUGAUACCACAAUUGCUACUGAAAAAGAUAAAUUCGCUGACUCAAGCGAUGAACAUGUUGACACUUAUGCAAAAGAAAUACCAAAACCUCAAUUAGAAUUAAUACAGAAGAUGAUAGAAAAAAGUAUAGAAGAGAAACAAUCGCCACAUUCUCAGCGUGUCCAAAUAUCUACUCCAACGUCUUGCAAACAGUCGUGCUUGAGCACACCCUGGGCGACGACCAACAUGUCGAUGUCACAACGGACUACAGAAACUACACCUGGUUUGUCAAGACCGUCCAGUGAGAGCCGGCUAGACCACGACCCAGUACCAGGCUGUCCACGCUCAUGUAUAAAACUCCCACCGCCAGAGCCAGAAUGUGUAGAGGAUUGCCCAUCUAGGAAGAAAGAAAAAAAAUCAUAUUGUGCCCAAAAACGAGAUGAAGGAAAUAGUAAAGAAACCAAGAAAUCGUUUUGUGCUGAAAAAAGAGGUAAGAUAAAACCCUGCGAUGAUGAUUGUAAACCAGUUAAAGAAGCUGGGCAUUGUGAGGAUGAUUGUCCGGGUAAACCGAAAAAAACUAAGAGAGUUACUCAUAAGGUCACCCAAAGUGAUGACAGCAUUAGCACAAGAUCAGGCAAAGAAAGCCCUGUUUACAUGACACAUACUCGCUCCCAUAGAAACGUUUCUACACGGGCCCGAAGGGAGAGCCCAAUACAUAGUCCAAGGCGUUCAGAGUACAUAGAAUAUAGAGAUUCGGAAUCAGACACGCGUAGAUCAUCUCCAUCAAACAGUUCACGGCAAAAGUCUACUACCUCCAAGACAAAAGAAACCCCGGCACCUGCCACAAACAAAAAAGUUGAAAAGAGUGCAAGUUCAGACACAGACAAGGAAAAAAGAAUUAUCUGCAGUCAUGAGUCGCCUCUCUGCUCUCGAUGCUCAUCUAAAGUCAAUGCUAAUAAAGAAUCGAGUAACUCUGAAGUAUCUAAAAGUAACAAAGAUUCAUCAUAUUGUAAUUUAAAAACUCCUUGUUGCUCUUGCUCUGAUAUAAAGAGUCAAAAAGAGGAAUUGCCAUGUCUUAAAUGUAGAGACAGGCCUCGCAGUGCUGGCCGUGCAAAAUGUGAUGUUAAAAGUGGAAGAGAUUACAAAAGAUACCGAGAUAGCGAAGACGAAUAUGAAUAUCAGAUGAUGAAAAAACGGAAAGCUAAAUCAAAAGGGAGAUGUACUUCCGACAGUGAUACUGACGACUCAGACGAUGAAAGAUUUAGAAAACGACAACGACGAGGAAGAGAGUCGGAAAGUGACAGAAGACGACGCAAACAAAAAGAAGAAGAAAAAAGACAGCGUAGAAGAAAAAGAAAGGAGGAAGACCCUAUAAGAGUGGAAGAAGAGAGGAGAAGAAGGGAGGAAGAAAAGAGUAGAAGAAGAGAAGAAGAAGAGAGGAGAAGAAGAGAGGAAGAAAAGAGUAGACGAAGAGAAGAAGAAGAGAGGAGAAGAGAAGAAAAAAUGAGACGUGAUGAGGAAGAUAGAGAAAAAGAGCAACAACGUAGAGAAGAUGAAAGAAUAAAGAAGGAGGAAGACAAAAGAAGGAAAGAAGAAGAAAGACAGCAGCGGGAAAUAGAGAAGAAACAAAAAGAAGAAGAAGAGCAGCGGCGAAGAGAAGAGGAGAAAAGAAGAAGAAGGGAGCUAGAUAACAAAAGAAGACAGGACGAGGAACGAAGAAGGCAAGAAGAGGAACGAAGAGCCAAAAUCGAGGAAGAAAGGAGGCUGAAAAACGAAGAGAGCGAAAGAAAGAGAGAAGAAGAAAGAAUAAAAAGAGAAGAUGAAAAGAGGAGAAGGGAAGAGGAAGCUGAACGGAAACGGGAAGAGCAGAGGCGGAAAGCGGAAGAAGAAAAGGAAAAGCGAGAAGAAGAAAAAAGACGAAGGGAGGAGGAAAGGCAAAGACAGGAGGAGGAGAGACGGUAUAAGGAGGAGGAAAGGAAAGAAAGGGAACGAGAAAGAAAGAGACAGAAGGAAGAGGAGAGGCAAAGACGGGAAGACGAGCGCCGAGAAAAGAAAUCUCGGAAAAGAAGACGCGAAUCUUCAUCAGGGGUCGAAGUUUGCGAUUGCCACCGAAAAAGGCACUGUCCGCACCAAUCAAUGAUGGCGGCCCCGCCACCCCCACCACCUCCCCAGCAGUUCGGCGGGUGCCCUUCAAGGGGCAACUUCGGCGCUCCUGGAUACCGACCUCCUGGGUACUAUUACCCUUUCCAGACAUACCCACCAACAAGUCCGAUGCAAAGCCCCUGCCCGUUUAGUUCAAAUUGCCCUUUCCCUCAGAAUUGCCCGUUGUCUCCGGUUCAUUACCCUAGUGGUGUGCAGUCAGAGAUGAGCAUACCUAGUGGUGGUGGAAUGUGCCCAUGCCCAGUUGGUGGUAUGGGUGGUAUGGGUCGAAUGUGUCCUCCUAUGGGCGGAAUGGGGGGUGGUAUGGGCGGAAUGUGUCCUCCUAUGGGCGGAAUGGGUGGUGGUAUGGGCGGAAUGUGUCCUCCUAUGGGCGGAAUGGGCGGUAUGGGCCGAAUGUGUCCUCCUAUGGGCGGCAUGGGUGGUAUGGGCCGAAUGUGCCCAAUGGGAGGCAUGGGAGAUAUGGGCGGAAUGGGGCGAAUGGGUGGGAUGGGGAUGGGAAUGGGCAGGAUGUGCCCUAUGGGCCCUGGUAUGGGCGGCAUGUGCCCUAUGGGUACGGGAUUUGGAUGUUUUGGCACACACAACAUGGUGGGUCGAUACUACAACUACUGCUAUAAGAUUUGUUGCAAAACAGCGUUCUGUAUCGCUGCAGUGUUGGCUACAAUCCUCAUCAUAUUGUUCCUAAUAUAAGCUCUGAGAGAGUUACAGUUGAAGUGGAGGAAUUAAGGCUACAUUGCCAUAAUAAAGGCAUCUGAAAAUUUUGAGAAAAGGAUUGUGUACUUAUUUAUUGACGAAUGUCUUUGAUUUAAAGAUAUUUUACUUAUCAUAGAACUUAGUAGACUGAACCUAUCGCUAAACUUCAGAGUAUACUGUUUUUUUUUAUUAUUUACAAAGUUAUUUAUAAAAUUAUAUUUUUGUAAAAACUU